AUGGCCGGCCUUCGCGUCUCUGCGUCCUUGACAGAGCCCCUUCUGGGUCCCAGCAGGACGGUGCAAGCGCAUGCACGAGGUGCCAAUGCGCGCUUGCAGGCCACCGCGAGUUCAAACAUCGACGACGGCGUUAGGAAGAGCAACUUCUCGGGGACUCCAUUAAAUGCGAAGAGCGUUCCGCUGGCUUCCGAUGCCAAGCUAAUGACAGGGAUCGAGGUCAGCUUCCUGAUGAACGUUGCGCAAUUCACAUUGCCCUUCUGCUUCGUUCGGGUGGGCUGGUUUGCAGUGUUCUUGAUGGUGUUGGCGGGCUGGCUCUGCAUGCAUACAGCGCUGAUGCUGCAGGAGGCACUGGUCGCUCUCACCAAGGAAGGCAUCCGCUUUCCUGAAUAUUCCGACCUCGCAGCGGUUGCGGUUGGUCCUGUCUUUGCAGCGUGGGCACAGCUGGUCGCUCUGGCAGAACUUGCGGCUUACGGCAGCAACUGCACAAUCAACCUGGGUUAUGCUUUGGCUGCCAUGUUUCCGAUCUCGCAGAACGCUGCCAUUGGGGCAGCUUGUGCCCUAUGUGUGGCAUUGUCGGCCUUCUCCGACCGGCUCUUUGCCUACGUCGGCUUGUUGUCCUCCGUGGCUAGUGUGGUGAUCCUGGGGCUUCUCCUGUGUGGUGGGCCGGACAGCUGGGCGACCGACAUGUCGUACCUGCCCGACACGGGCUACAUUCCCAGCACUUUUGCCUUGAUCUUCUUUGCCGUGGGCACGCAUCCGCUGAUCGUCGGUGUGAUGCAUACCACUCGAAGUCCCGCAGACUUGCGGGUUUCGAUUCUUGGUGCUUGGCCAAUCGCGACCCUUGUCUCAGUUCUUUGUGGUGGAAUGGCCUACCGGAUCUAUGGCUCAGCCUUGCAGCCCGACAUAAUGGCCAAUAUCGAAGGGGAGCUCCACCGGAUUGCGGGUGUCUGGAUGGCGAUCAAGGUGCUGGGCAACGCCGUCCCACUUGCAAGACCACUGGCGAAUGCGUAUGCCAGGAGCCUUCGAUGGCUGCCUCCAGGUGACAGCGCUGGGCCCUUGCUCUUGAUGCCUGUUAUGGUCCUACUGGCCGCAGUGGCGAUGUUCUUCGCAGAUCGUUUGGAGGCCUUCUACAGCGUGGCUGGUUGCACCAUCACUAGCUUCAACGUCCUCCUGAUUCCGACCAUCGCAUACUUGUCGAUCUGCAAGCCACAUGGGAUCAGCUACUACUGUGCUGUUGGCUAUGCUAUUCUCGGCGCCGUGCUGUCAGUCGCCCCCGUGGCUUACCUUCUAUGGCAGCUGGCAUGUCCGCGGGGGGACGCUUUUGAUCUAUGA